AACUUCAUUUGACAUUUGUGAUGUGAAGUUAACCCCGUGGUUUGGUAUUAUGAUUUAACCUUUUAAUAUUCCUUACGUAAGAAGAAAAUAUAAAUAACAGAAACAGAAAAUGGGGAACCAAGUUUUCGCUGAAGCAGUUCCUCCCAAACUCAGCGAAGUCAAUGGGAACCCUCCUCCAGAAUGCCCUAUGCACAACAAAGGUGCUACGCCAAAAUCUGAUGGUGAUAACAAAUCGAAACCUUCCGAAUGUCCUGUUCAACAUGAUAGUAACAUUAAUCCGUAUAAUAUGAUGCCACCAGCAAAUCAACAACCAGCACCAGACCAACCAUUCUCUCUUCCAACUAAUCGUCAAGUGUCUACUAUCCCUAGAGCCAUGCCGGAUGGUUCUACUGAGUUCUGGGUGUAUCCCAGUCAGCAAAUGUUCUGGAAUGCAAUGCUUCGUAAGGGAUGGAGGUGGAAAGAUGAAGACAUCAAACAAAAAGAUAUGGAGGACAUUAUUAAAAUACACAAUGCUAAUAAUGAACAGGCUUGGCAAGAAGUUUUAAAAUGGGAAGCACUACAUGCCAAAGAGUGUGGUCACCCCAGGUUGAAGAGUUUUGGAGGGAAAGCCACACAAUACAGUCCAAGAGCAAGGAUUCGAGCUUUGCUGGGGUAUGAGUUGCCGUUUGAUCGCCACGACUGGAUUGUAGACAGGUGCGGUAAAGAGGUGCGUUAUGUAAUUGAUUAUUACGAUGGAGGUGAAAUAGACAACAAAUAUGAAUUUGCUUUACUGGACGUCAGGCCAGCUAUGGAUUCACUUGACAACAUCUGGGACAGAAUGAAAGUGUUUUAUAUGAGAUACAGAUAUGAGUUGAUUGACGAUAAAAAGGAUGAUAAACUGACUAAUUAAAACUUUUGCAGUGUUAUUUAAUUGUAAAAAUAAGUAGAUCUUAGUACAAAACUUACAUCCAAAUAUUUUUAGCAAUUAUUGUUUUUCUUUUAAAUUCACUAAAAAAGGUAUUUUGUUACUAACAACCUCACCUCAACAUUAUCUGUGUUGAAUUAUAAUGUAAUCUAAAAUCAUGGGUUAGGUUUAAUUCCUAUUCCUUGAGUCAAUUUAUGAUUUUUUAUUUUUUAAUGGGUUUGGUAGUAUAUGCCACAUAAAAACUCAUGUGAUUUAAGAAUAAACCAUAACUUUUGCUAGUUAGUGUAGUAAAAUCUUAGGCUGCAUUGUCAUUAGCGAAAAAAAAAACAAAACUAAUAAAACUUCAUAUCAAGUGAGAUUGUCUUGGGUGGGGUGCUCCUGUCAACAAAAGUUGUUACUGCAGUCACUCUUUGUGAUUUGUAAUAUUUAUUUCUGUAAUAUAGUGUAAAGUAUUAUUUUUUAAAACAUCAUGUUAGUUUGUGUCUGUUUCAGACCAGUACCUUUGGACUUGUACCACACUCAAAUUCAGCAAAAAAAAUUGUCUGUCGUUUUUUGAAGGGGACUUGAUAAACUCACACAUCAGAAAUAUUUAACACCAAUAAAUAUAUCCUGUGUACUUACACUACACACAACUAUACACUACAUACUUUAAAUCGUAAUACACACACAUCUAAUUUUAACACAAUCAAACAUUGAUUCUAUAGACUCAGUUUGUAUAAACACAUUAGAUCAUGAUCAUAUACUUUUGACAGAGGGGUAAUGUCUAGUGAGGCAGGUUCUAUGGUACUUGGUCUGAGGUGUUUGGAUAUAAAUUGAUAUACUUGUAAGUAACUGUUUGUGGAUCAAUCACAUGGGAAUGAAUAAGAUAGUAUAUUAAAUAUGCCAUGCUUGUGUAGAGUAGUAUUUAAAUAAGGCAGUGUGAAACGUUUUUUAUAAGUUAUAUUUCAACCACUAAUAAAACUAUAUAUCUAACAAGUUUAAUGUAGUUGUUAUUACAUAAUACUCGUAUUACUCACUACUAUAGAUGUACAAAAGAUUAUUAUAAUAAUUAAAAAUCAGAAAUUACAUGAUAACAAUCCUGUUUCCUAUUGGAAGUAAUAAAUAAAAUGUUAUCGCAUAAUAAA